ACGUUUCAUGUUUCAUGAAUUCUUCCUGACACAACACACUCAGGUUUCACUUCAUUAUUCUAAGACAAGGCAACACAUGUUGUCAACAACAACAACAACAAGAAAACGCAAGCAGAAGAAGCCCCAGAGAUAGAAUGGGCUUGGAUGAUUAUGACGAAGAUCUUAGUGUGGGUGGCGUUGAGUACGAGGAAGCUCUGCCUUUUGCCAUCCACGAUGAGAAUACUGGUGGCACGAGUGAGAUACCGUUUCAUUCUUCUUUCGGUACCACUAGUAGUGCACGACCGGCCGUGUUUCCCGAACAAUACAGAUCAAUGAUGAAGUCAAUGAUGUCCGUGUCAUUAUCUUCUUAUAAUGAUAACUACUACAACAGCAACCAGCAAGCACCCGGAUUAGCAUCUUCCAUGAUAAGCGACAGCAGCGCACAAGGCUCAUCAUCCCUGAUGAGCAAUCAGAUGAGUCAAGUGUGGGAAGCUACAUCAGCAUCAGAUGAUCAUAUGCUUUCCUCCAGGGAUCUUGAUGCCGCUGCCUCCUUGAUGGAAGGAAUGGAAGGCAGUUUGGCCAUCUCCCAUGGAUUGACGAGGGGGCCUAGAACUCCUCCUGAGAAUCGCUCAACGCACGGCAACAAUGGCCGUGUUCCAGCGGCCUAUUCCUCCAUGAGAUUCUCUCAACUCAUGGAGAAUGCCGCUGGAGAAACCAGAAUGGUAUAUGCUGCCGAUGGGGCUCUUCCUGCCUUGCCAGAAGAAACUGUUAUUGCUGGAUCUUCUUACAUAGAACAAUCCUUCCACAGUGCCCGUGGUGGCGACUCUUCCUCGUUCCCUUCCAACAUUCCGACUACAACAUCGCAGAGUAUGCCAUCGGAUUGGGUUCCUGUCAGCAGUAACCAGCCCAUAUACGAUAGCAAGCAUAGCCAGUCCAUACACGGUAGCAAACAGGGCUCUUAUCAACCGCCAGUCCUGGAGGAAUCCCAUCGUGGAGGCCAAACAAUCAGCAACAGCCGCUCCAGGAGAAGACUGACUCCACCAGACAGAAACGCAGUCCAGGCCAGACGGUUGGAUGCAACAUCCUUUGAAGUCUCUGUGGAGAUUGAGCCAGGAUUGACCGUGGAAGAUGUCAUGGAGGUAGUCGGCAAUCCUUCCUAUCUCUCCUUAUGGUGUGAAUCGAUCCGAUCACUUGUCAUUACCAAAAGUAGCGAGGGCGCCCGGAAUGCUGCAAACCGUCGUAGCCUCCAUUCUGGUAGAGCAAGGGCCGAGUACGAGGGUGAAUGGAUCGAGGCCACUGCCACUGACUUGAUCUCGCCGCCAUCAGCUUCCAGCUGCUUGUACAGUACGAGCAAGGCCAUGUGGAACUAUGUGGGCUUUCCAACCAACUAUGGCAGUGUCUCAAUGUUUGUUGAACGACGGCGUGGACGUGUGGGGUUGACGGUAGGCCCCUUUGCAGGCAAUGUCACGGCAGCCCAUACCAUUAGUGUGGUCAAAGAAGCCAGGAGCACCCGCAUUGUGGAUCGCGUGACCUUGGGCCGAGGCAUGGGGGACUCCGAACUCAUGUGCGGAGUGCUGGAAUGUUUAGAAACUUGCUUGCUGCCCACGUCAAAAGCAUAUAUGGACCAGGUCGUUUCCAGUUUGAUACGGCUUCGUGUACUCGUGGAAACAGCAGAGGGGCGUCAUACCUCCUUGAACCAGUUUGAUGACGAUGAUUUUGAGCUAAUAGUGCCUGUUGGGAUUGUUUAAAUGUGUAAAUGUAAAUAAAGUAGAGUGAAGUGUAAAUGUAAAGUGUAAACAGAAUGGUGACUUCCCAU